GAGCCUCCUGAGGUGCUUCAGAGCAAAGGCCCAGUGAGGUCAGCUCAUGAAUAUUGCUUCAUUUUCCUGAGAGGCUCUGGCAGCGGCGGGUACCUCGUGUGCGGUGCCCGGCUCUCCGUGCAUGCUUUUCGCCAGCCGGGCAGCGGACAAAGUGGUGCUCCCGGGGCGGCGGCGGCGGAGGAGGCGGAGGAGCCGGCCGGUGAUGGACGCGUCCCCGAGAUAGCCGCCGCCAUGAGCCAGCCGCCUGCAGGGGGCGCCGCCGCCGAGCCGCGCCUGCAUCCCGAGGGCAGCAGCGGCAGGAAGCAGCCGCGGGCAGCCUCGCCGGCCCGGGCCCGCGACGCCGUCCCGCGCCCGCCGCCCAGCGCCGCCAAAACCGCGCCCGGCGCCGCCAAAACCGCCUCGGCGCGGCCGCCGCCCGGCCAGGCCCCCGAGCCGCCCGCGGCCGCGCCGCCGCGAAGCCGGCGCGGGGAGCUGUCCAGCCCGGCGCCGGUGCUGAACCGCCGGGGCGGCGGGGGCGAGCGGGAGGGGGCGGCGGCGCCGCCGCCCAAGCAGUGGCGGGGGAAAGCGGGGCGGUCCCCGCUGAAGGGCGCGGGGGAGGCGGCCCCGGCGCCUCCAUCUUCCUCGGGCGCGGGGAAGGGCCGCGGUGCGGCGGCGGGCGGCGGAGGGUACUGGAAGGAGGGAUGCCUGCAAAGUGAGCUCAUCCAGUUCCAUCUCAGGAAAGGGCUGGCGGCGGCCGCCCAGAUGCAAACCAAGGGCAGCAACCACAGCAGCAGCAGCGGCAGCGCUGCCUCCGCCGCCUCCGCGGCCGCCGCCCCGGCCGCCUCCGCCUCCUCUCCCGCUGCCAUGGCGGCGGCCGGGGCAGAGGGGCUGCGGCAGGGCGAGGCGGAAGGCGACGACAGGAGCUGCGGCCCCGAAGUCGCCCUGAGCCCCCACCUGCAGGAGGAGAUGCAGGAAGAGAUGGAGAAACUGCGGGAGGAGAACGAGAGCCUCAAGAACGAAAUAGAUGAGCUGAGGACAGAGAUGGAUGAGAUGAGGGACAGUUUCUUUGAAGAGGAUGCUUGUCAGCUUCAAGAAAUGCGCCAUGAACUGGAGCGAGCCAACAAGAACUGCCGGAUCCUUCAGUACCGGCUGCGCAAGGCCGAGCGCAAGAGGCUCCGCUACGCCCAGACUGGCGAGAUCGACAACGAGCUCAUACGCAGCAUGGAGCAGGACCUCAAGGUUGCAAAAGAUGUGUCGGUGAGACUUCAUCAUGAGUUAGAAAAUGUGGAAGAAAAACGCACUAUAACAGAAGAUGAAAAUGAAAAGUUAAGACAGCAGCUUAUAGAAGUUGAAAUUGCCAAACAAGCACUACAGAAUGAGCUGGAAAAAAUGAAAGAGCAAUCACUGAAGAGGAGAGGAAGCAAAGACCUACCCAAAUCAGAAAAAAAGUCACAGCAGACACCAACAGAGGAUGACAAUGAAGACCUGAAAUGCCAGCUACAGUUUGUCAAAGAAGAAGCAGCCUUGAUGAGGAAGAAAAUGGCUAAAAUUGAUAAAGAGAAAGACAGAUUUGAACACGAGCUGCAAAAAUACAGAUCAUUUUAUGGGGAUUUGGACAGUCCCUUGCCAAAAGGUGAAGCAGGUGGGCCACCUACCACAAGAGAAGCUGAACUUAAGCUUCGAUUGAGGCUUGUGGAGGAGGAAGCUAACAUUCUUGGGAGGAAAAUAGUGGAACUAGAGGUAGAAAAUAGAGGACUGAAAGCAGAGCUCGAUGAUUUAAGAGGAGAUGAUUUCUCAGGGACCACUAACCCGCUCCUGGGAGAGCAGAAUGAAUCCCUGUCAGAAUUACGACAGCAUUUGCAGCUAGUAGAAGAUGAAACAGAAUUGCUGAGGAGAAAUGUAGCUGAUUUAGAAGAACAAAACAAACGCAUAACAGCUGAGCUGAACAAAUACAAGUACAAGUCUGGGGCCCAUGAGAGCUCUAGGCACCAUGACAAUGCCAAGACAGAAGCAUUACAGGAGGAGCUAAAAGCUGCACGAAUGCAGAUCAAUGAGCUGAGUGGCAAAGUCAUGCAGCUCCAGUAUGAGAACAGAGUCCUGAUGUCCAACAUGCAGCGCUACGACUUGGCCUCUCACCUGGGGAUCCGUGGCAGCCCCAGAGACAGCGAUGCGGAAAGCGAUGCGGGAAAAAAGGAGAGCGAUGAUGAUUCCCGCCCCCCUCACCGCAAAAGGGAAGGUCCCAUCGGUGGGGAAAGCGACUCCGAAGAGGUGCGCAACAUUCGGUGCCUGACGCCCACCAGAUCUUUUUAUCCAACGCCGUCGGGGUGGCAGAAAAGCUUCACUGACAGGCAGCAGAUGAAGGACAUUCGCUCUGAAGCCGAGCGGCUGGGCAAGACAAUAGACCGCCUCAUUUCCGACACGAGCACCAUCAUCACAGAGGCAAGAAUUUAUGUGGCCAACGGGGACCUCUUUGGGCUGAUGGACGAGGAGGACGAUGGCAGCAGGAUACGUGAGCACGAGCUCCUGUACCGCAUCAAUGCGCAGAUGAAGGCCUUCAGGAAGGAGCUCCAGGCUUUCAUCGACAGACUGGAAGUUCCAAAGUCUUCGGACGAACGAAGUGCAGAUGAACCUUUGUCAGUGAGUCAGAUGUUCCAGCCUAUCAUUUUACUUAUUCUCAUCCUUGUAUUAUUUUCAUCCCUUUCAUACACAACAAUAUUUAAACUUGUCUUCCUUUUUACACUGUUUUUUGUACUGUAAGUCAUUCAUCAUUUACUGUUCAUUGUAGUGUUAUUUUCAGUUUGUUUAUUUUGUCCACCCUCCAAGAUAAGAAGUGCAAGAGACAUAGUUUCUGUAAUAGCCACUGCUGUAAAAACACUGAAGACUACUUGUUUGCCAAAACCAAAGCCAAACCAAAAGAACUGCAAAAAAAUGUACCAAAAAGUCACGCAGCUGAAUAGGAAACCUGCCCACCGUGGUAUACCAGAUCAAGAUUCACAGAACAGGAUCCCUGCUAGCUGUGUGUUUCAUUGCUUUCUCUGCUGCCUGGAAAUGGACUGAAAAACUCCUACAGGAUUUCUUAUUCCAUGAAAGGAAACAUUCAGGGAAGAAAGAAAAAAAGGAGAGCUGUCUUUGCUGUUGCACAGACUUUAACCAUGGACCUGCAUGAACAACUGGAGACUACUGAGAGGAACUGGAAUAAAGAAAAAAUGGAAUUGCUGGAGAGAUUUGACAAUGAAAGGAAAGAAUGGGAAUGUCAAUGGAAGGUCAUGCAGAAGAAAAUAGAAGAGCUUUACCAGGAGGUAAAACUUAGAAGGGAGAGCAAUAUGACCAUCCAUGAUAGCAAGGCCAUUCAGAGCAAGAUGCUGCAGCUGUCCAUGCAUUGCCCUGCUUUGCAAGAGAGUGACACAGCAGAGCUGAACCAUCAACACAAUGUGACAAAUGACAGAAUGGAGAAAGGGAGUCUGCUUGGUGUAACAGGACACGAAUGGAA